CUUUGGUGUAUUUGAACUGCAUCUCUUUGUCUUUCCCGAUAUCAGAAUUUUCUGCUGCUCAUCUUAGACCUCGUCUCUCUACUGCAGAUUCAACAAAAUCUCAUACCUCUGGACCUGCUUAGAAUUCGAUUCUAACAAUAUAUAUUUGAUAACAUGAAUUUGCGUGCAUGGUUGCUUAUUCUGCUUCAUCACACAACACUGAAGAAGAGCUAUGAACAGACCAUUGACAGAAGUACUCUUGCCCGUAUCGUUACCUUCUUUGAGCAGAACUAUAAGAGAGUUGAAAAUGGAACUGAACGUCAGUAUGCUGUAGCCAUCAAUUUACCAAUGAAGCAGUGUCAACCUGAAUUCCCACAUAAAGAGGGCACCUUCCUAAACGGCGAGAUUUCAGCAGACGUGAGACGUGUCAUUAGUAAGAGAAACUACCCAGUUUACCAAGGUAAAGAGCUCAUAGGAGCAGGAGUUGAGAUUAUGAAAAAAUACAAAAUACACUCUGAACGUCUGCUGCUUAACCUUGAAGGAAGACGCGAGACACCCAUGCAAUACCUCCUAAAGAGAAGAAAAGAUGACAGCUGCACUGUUUUCUACACAGUUAACUCUCCGUGUGCUGACACCUGCCUUGAUAAGAAAAGCAAAUAUAACAUUCGUCAAGGCCUUAAAACCUGGAGUACACACAAUAGCAUUAAAGCGCUUGUCUUUAAGCAAAUCUGGAAAUUUGAUAAAGAAAAGAAAGAAGUUUUAAAAGCGAAACUGAAAAAGAUUGUGAAAUAUGUUCCUGUCUAUCGUUGUAUCAAUGAGAUUGAGUGUUACGCAUGUGGAGGAGAAGGUGCUAAUCCAAUUAAUGAGCAAUGUCUUUCAAACUAGUGAUUUUCCCAAAUCUAGUAUUUCAUCUUGGCUGAGGCAUUGCUUAAUUAGUUUCUUUAGCCACCUAUAGAUAAGUUGAAAUAAUUGAAAAAUAUGUUUAA